AUUCUGACAAAAUGAGACUGAAAGUGAUCGUGAACGCUGUGUGUGUAAAUCAUAUCAAUUAGUUAUUAAAUAAUUAAUUAGUUCCGAGUUUUCCGACUGAUUGGAAUUGUUUUCGGGAGAAUUUUUUUAUCUUGUGAAGGAAAGUUUCUGGUUUUUUGGGGAAAUGUUGGGAAAGUAUUUGGCUCCGUUUUUUGUCUUGGUGGUCCUUCUGGAAGUGACGGAGGCAAUGCCACAACCACAAAAAGGGGUGGAAUCUACCACGGUGAAAGUGCUGAUGCCUCCGUCUGCAUCUGCAUCGUUUGAUGAUGAGGAUGAUGCUGUGAUAAUUGACGCUGACAACACCUCGCCCCCCGUGGAUUUGACCCCGGAACCCUUCAACAUAUCGGACUGCGCCCUCCCCCCGGUGAAAGGUCCCUGCAAAGCCAUCAUCGAGUCGUGGACGUACAACGUGGCGACGGCAUCUUGCGAAAAGUUUGAUUGGUCAGGCUGCGGCGGAAAUGGGAACCGUUUCAGCGAGAAAGCAUUUUGUGAAAAGCAUUGUUCCAAGUAUGGCGUGGGAAAUAAUAAGAAGAUCGCAGCUGAGUGUCCAAAAUUUGAAGGGUGUGGUCCCUUGAAGUGUGGCGUUUCCAAAGACGAGAUCACCGGGUGUGAGAAAUGCGACUGUAAUUUGGCCGGAGUAGGAAACGAUGCGGUCGUCAUUGUCGGGUCGGUUUCUGGAAAUCGAGAAAAUCCAAAUCAACAAGCGCACGUGGGCAAGAAACCCGUCGUCGCUGGGGGAAAGGCCGACCAGCCCGAGAAGAAAACAGUAUUGAAACCGGAAGAGGUGUGCCACUUGCCGGAAACGAGGGGUGACUGCAGAGCCAUGAUGACGAGGUGGAGGUACAGCCCUGAAAUUAAGGAAUGCGUCCAAUUCCAUUUCGGUGGGUGUGACGGAAAUCCCAAUAAUUUCGUGUCGAGUGAAAAAUGUAUCGAAUUUUGUAGAGGCCAGUGAUUACAUAAUUAAUAAUUAACUAAUUAUUUAAGUAUUUAUCUGUAUAAAUAUGUCGCAAAUUAAUGAAAUAAAUAAAUAAAUUAUAACGCAUUUUCUGAAA